UUGGUAACCGAGGCCAAUGUCAUCGUCGUCGAACACCGGAGAGCCCCCAAAAAUCAUCUCCCCAUCGCUACGAGGAUUCAUGGACCGCACAAAUGGAUCACUUUCCAUUCCUCUGGCGGUGGAUCUGAGAAUUGGCUCAACAAGCAUGCCGAUUUUGACUCAAUGUUCGUCGCAGGGGACAGCGUCGACGUGAAAAUGGCGCAGCAGAUGGUUAAUAGGGAAAGAUCUGAUUGGGAACGAGGAGAAGGAAAGUUCAGGGAAGGUGGUUUUGAGCUCUGGACGACGACGACCGGCCCUGACAAGUUAGUGAACCCGAACUCCGGCCCGGAUCUGGGGAGACUGGGGUGUUCGACUGUUGUGGUGGCCGUGGCGGAGAAGGAAUGGGGAGAUCAAGCUCUCGAAAGAAAAAGAUGA